AUGUCUAAGGAACUUAUCACAUCCAUAUGGCAUAUUUUAAUAGCACCGUUCACUCUAACACUUCGAUUUCUAUUCAAAACUGUUAUCACGCCAUUUUUACUUUUCUUUGAUAUCCUAGUAUAUGGAUUGUUUACGCUACCAUUAGCUACCUUUCACAAAUUAGAAUCGUUUUUGCCAGAGAAUUUCUCUCUUGUUACAUUCUCUGAAAUACUGCAUGUUGCUUACUAUUACAUAUUUGUCGCCACUAUAGUUGGUACAGUGUGUGCCUUUGCUGAUUUAUUCCUUAUCCAUAUUGUGCACAAAUCUCUCAGAUUUUCCGAGCUCACAUUUACAAUUCCAUAUAUUAAUAUCCCUCUAGUUUUGCAAGGAGGAGCACAAGCUUUGCAAGAGAAAGUAAAUAUUAAUGUUGACAAAGCUAGCAAGCCGGAAAGCCUGGUUCCCAGACCUAACAAAGGUGGCAUUUCUGAAUUGAAACCAUCACCAGCUCCGGCGGUUAAUGAUAACUUUGUUUUCAAAUCCAGCGGAUAUCGGGAUGAGUUGUCUCAAACUGAUAGGUCACAAAAUGCUACUGCUGAGUCUGAGUCUGAGGAUAGUACAAUUACAUCUACACAAAUGUCACACAGGGACAUGUCAACGGUCCGAACAGAAAUGGAGAAUACUGAGCUUAAAUGA